GAGCAUCAUUCCUUCGUUCGGCUUCUCAACGAUCGAUUCUCAAUACUAUGUUUUUUUUUAAAUAUAAUUAUUAUAAUAUUAUCAGAUAAAAGAGUUCAACACCAUUUACAUGUUAUUAUUAAUUUGUAAAACUUUCCAUAACUAUUGUUAAUACUUAAUAGCGACAAUUAAUUAAUGUAAAUUGAAUUAAUAAGAUUCGAAAGAAUCCAUCUGAAGAGCUAUAUAAAAUUGUAAAAUUGCUUAAUAGUUAGAUGAAAAGUGAUGCUGGGCCGAUUCCUUUUCACUGUUUUAAUUACUGGUCUAAGAGCUGCCACUGUUGAAGAUGAGCUGUUCUAUGAUUUACCGCAGCUGUUCCACCUGGAUGACUAUGAGAGGUGUCUGUCUAACUCCGGAGUCUACUGCAUGGGAGAAUUUGAUCUCUUACCACACAAGAACGAGCCAUUGCUAGAAUAUAUCGAGAAAUACUCGGCGGAUAAAUAUCACUUCAAUCGUUCCCACAUACACCGCGCGUACUGCGUGACGACGCGGUGCGCGCGCGGACCCGCCACAGAAGAGGCAAGCUUCGAGCAAUGCGUCCAGAACCACACAAGGGAACGGUACGGCCUAGAUUCGAAGCUGAGAAAGUUGGUGUACUGUAAGUCCAGAAGCUCGCAGACGGCGCCGGACUCCGUCGACCUCACCGUGGCUACCGCAGCCGCCGCCCUAGUCUUGUUGAAUUUGAUCGCCACAGCUUAUGACUACUUCAGAAAUCAAAAUGACAAACCAAAUCGGUAUCUCAUCACUUGGUCUCUGAUCUCUAAUUGGAACCGCCUGACCGCCGACUACGCUGACGGAGACCAGAAACUUGCAGCGCUGAAGCCACUUCAUGGUGUAAAAACCUUGACACUGGUGUGCAUCAUGCUGGCGCACACCGUGAUGGCCUUCCACAUGAUCUACCUUCUCAACCCACACUUCUUAGAAAAGAACAGCCACCACCCGGCGUCAGCGUACCUGCAGAACGGAACGUGCGCAGUCCACACCUUCGUCCUGGCGUCCAGCUUUCUUCUGACGUACAGCCUGCUAAUUUCUGAAGACAAAAAUCCAAAAGAAAAGCUCAACGUUCGUUUACUGCCGAAAAUUUUGGUGCAUCGGUACAUCCGGUUCCUGACGGUAGACAUGCAGCUGCACGUGGUGUGCUGCGCGGUGGUGCUGUCCCUGGGCCGCAACACGCGGCGCGCGCUGCUCGCGCUCGGGGCGCUUCUGGCGGUCGCGGUCGCGGCCAAUUUCGCCGCCAUCUACCACUUCGAGCUUCGGUCGAUAGCCACACUCAUGUUUCCAGAGUACAUCCGGGUCCAGUUCGAGAGCGAGAGAUCGUUCAAGUGGCUGUACGUGGCGCCCUGGGACGCGCUGCCCGCCGCGCUGCUGGGCGCCCUGCUGGCCCACGUGCACGCCGCGGACUGGGGGGGCCGCAAGCCCGGCGACAGUCUGAUAGUCCGCAUCUUGUACCGUCUCUCUGUGCCGCUAAUGGUUGGGUGGGUCCAGGCUGGGUACUGGAUGAAGAACUCCACAGACCCUGUGCUCUCCGCUCUGUACGCGACGUUCGACCGCCCGAUAUUCUGCUCCAUCGUCGCUUUUGCUAUAUUCGGUUUCAUAAACAAGUUUGAUAGUCUGUACUGGAAGUUUUUGUCGUGGCGCGGCUGGGAGAUAUUGGGGCGCAUGUCCCUGACGGCGUACUUGGUGCACUGGCUGACGACGCUCACGCUGGUGGGCAGCCUCGACUUCCUCGCGCCGCUCUCCAUCAUUAAUAUUGGCGGAUAUUGGCUGUGCACGGUUGUGUUGACCUACAUGAUAUCAGUGCCGCUGCAUUUGUUCGUGGAGCUGCCAAUACACAGAUUUCUACGGGUCAUUUUUUCAUAGCACUAGCUGUAACAUCAUUUUAUAUCUAUUAAAGUUUUGCCCAGAAAACAACCUAGGUCUUCAAAUUAUAAGAUAGUGAUGAAUAACGUUUUUGUGUUGAAUUUUGAAGUUGAAAUUGUUGGUCUUUAAUAAAAAUAUCAAACAGUACGACGAUACUUCGUACGUAAUUGCCGAGCGUGGUUACAGAGCCCUCGUGACUGAAUCUAUACCUUUGCUCAUGGACAUCAGUAAUUCCAGAGGCACCGCUAAACCACUGCCGACCCCGACAGCUCGAGCUUGAUUAAAUAACAAUGAGUAAAAUUUUUGUGAAAAUAUAAAUCUCUGUACUUA